AUGCAGCUCUGGUCAUUUUUGUUGGCAUUCACUGCCAUCCCUAUACUAGCUUCUUCAUAUCAGUUUAACCCUCUCGAACACUCUGCCGGUAUCGCACCUUACUUUACACCUCAUGAUCCUCCUCUUCAAUCCUCUCCUCCACAGGGCUGCAACGUUACUCGAGCUGCUUAUCUCAUCCGACAUGCUGCCAUUUACGCCAAUGACUUUGACUACGAGACUUAUCUUGAACCACUUGUAAAGAAGUUACAAAAUACCUCUCAAGACUGGUCAUCUACAAAGACACUUAAAUUCUUGUCUAAUUGGACUGCACCCAUUGACGAAGAGCACGUGGAGAAGCUUACUCGUGUUGGACUGCAAGAGGCUCGGUCGCUGGGAGCUAGUGUUCGUCAAAGAUACAGAGAUCUCAAGACACCUCAAAGAAUAUGGUCCUCGACGGCGGAGAGGACAGCAAAGAGUGCCCAGGCUUUUAUAUCCGGCUUUACAAAUGACCACACGACUCUCAUCAACUUGACCCAGAUCGAGGAAAGCAAGAAGGCGGGAGCAGACUCAUUGACUCCGUACAAGAGCUGCAAGGCAUACAGUUCUUCUUAUGGCAGCGAUCAAUCUUCGGCUUUCGGCAAAAUAUACACCAAGCCGAUCAUCGCCCGGCUCAACGCCGAAGCACAUUCCUUCAACUUCACUCAAGAUGACAUCACCGGGAUGUUCGAGCUAUGCGGAUACGAAACCGUCAUUCGCGGCUCUUCACCUUUCUGUUCUCCCACUCUAUUCAGCUCUGAUGAGUGGCUGGGAUUCGAGUACACAAACGACUUGAUGUACUUCCACAACACGGGGUAUGGACGGGAUCUUUCUCCCGUUCUUGGAUUCCCGUGGGUCAAUGCCAGCGUCGCGGCUUUGGACGACAAGACCUCAUCACAAGAGUUAUACUUCUCAUUCACCCAUCGCGAAGUUCCACCAACUGUCAUCGCUGCGCUAGGACUAUAUAACAAUAGCGCUUACACCGGAGCAAACAAGGUGAACGGGACAAUGCCCGACGAUACUAUCAACUACAAUCGCGCGUGGAAGAGUAGUGAGAUUCUUCCUUUCCUCACCAACAUUGGUAUUGAAAAGAUGUCUUGUCAGAGCUAUGGCUAUGGGGAAGGAGAGUAUUACCGAGUACUGAAUAAUGCUGGUCCUCAGCCAUUGGUGGGAUGUCGAGAUGGGCCUGGUGGAAGUUGUUCCAACAAGAAGUUCCACAGUUUCAUCAAAGAAAGAGGGGACUUAUUUGGUGACUACAACAAGGCUUGUGGAGUCAAUGAUCUCCCAUCUUCCUUGUCCAUUUAUGCCGCAUGA